CUUAGAGUCAUUAAAUACAUAUAAAUUGCUAUCAAAAGGAAGUGGUUUUAUUGUGAAGAUUGUGCUUUUAACAAUGUCUACAGUUAAUGUUCGCUAUCUACAAAUUGUGGUCUUAAUAUGGACAACAGCUGGUUUUGGUAUUUCCUCAUGCAGUCUUCUCAGGCAAAACAGAGACUAUAUCACAAUUGAAGAUUUCAAAAACAUUUCUUUAAGUCUGCUUAAUGUAAAUGAUUCCGUGAAUGGACAGAUCCAGUACCCGUGUUACAUCCGAGUGGGAUGUUUUCGGAACGAAGGAAAUACACAGCCUUUAGCAACUGCAGAAGUGUUUGUUCUUGUGCGAAGGGAAAACACGUCUCACGCCUACUCAUAUUAUGGAUGGGGAAAUCAAUAUUUGGGUUUUCGAAAAGGAAUAACCGGUGCUGAUGGAUUUGCCUGUAUACCGACACUUUGCAAGACUGAAGCUCUUAUAUUCACACAGAUGGAAGGACAACGCCUGACGACUCUGCCAAAAUAUCUCCCCCAAAGAUAUUUUUACAGAACUCAAACUCGGAACGAAGAAAUAGUGAUCGCCCCAAGAGACAGGGGAAUGUUUCUUGGGAAAAGUGGUCCAGUUUACCAUAAAAGUGAAUUUGACAUUUGCAAUAGGGCUACAAAGGACGAUAGUUGGUACAUAUCAUUUGCCUAUCUAUCCAUCCCUGACUCCCUAGUACAAACACAACCAAAUCCACACCUACCACUCUCCUGGUAUUCUUCCAGACCACAGGAGCCGUCUUUUAAAUCUUGUUUUCUGAAGGUGCUAGUUAGGACCUCUAGUUAUGGUGUAACGAUUACAGCAACAAGCAGAAAUGAAAGGAACGUGUUGUAUGGAACAUAUACAACGGGGCCGAAACCACAACCGGGAAGCUCUGACACUGAAACUCGUGCUGCCUGCGUGGAAUAUCGCUGUCCAACAGAUUCAAAGGUGACUGUGAACGUCACCGUCUCUGACGCUGAAUUCCUGUGUACAUCGAAACCAAGCUCAGCGCCAAUGAAAGUGUUAACGAAAGACAAUACAUUUCAACUAAGUUUAAAUCCACGAGAUAACUUUCGCCCUGCUGAUGGUAUCUAUGUUGCUUUCACAUCAGUCUUACUUGCAAAGCAAAUGUGUACAGCUGGAUCAUCAGAUAUUGAAAGCAAUUUCAAUGCCAAUCCGUCUGUAAACACGUUCAUUGAAUUUUCCUGUCAAUCACCAAAACACUUUCCAGUUGGUUGAAUGAAAAAAUGAAAAAUGAUCUUGCCAUUUUAAGGUUUUGUGUCCAUUGCAAUCAAACGUAUGAACCAAUAAAAAUAUUUCCUUUUUAA